GACGUGGCCCAUAUCCGCCUCCCUUUGCUCCACUCCAAAAACAAAACAAAAAAUGGCCGCCGCCUUCUCCGCGCCGCCCUCCGGCGGACCCGUCCCGCCGCCGCCGCCUUCCUUCUCCAGCGUCCCCUCCCCUCCGCCCGAAGCCUCUCGCCUCCUCCGCCUAUCGGCCGAGCGCUUCCUCCCCUCCCACGGCUUCCGUUCUCCACCGGCUUCGGCUAUUCCACCGUCGCCGAGGAGUCUGCGGCCCCCGCGAGGCUUAAGGGUAAGGCCAGGCAGAACCCAAUGAAGCAGUCGCGCGUCGACUUCACCAAGGUGGACGCCGCGCUUCUCCCCACCGUCAUCCUCGUUGGCCGACCCAACGUCGGCAAGUCCGCACUCUUCAACCGAUUUAUACGGAGGAGGGAGGCGUUGGUGUACAAUACACCCGGGGACCAUGUCACGCGUGACAUCCGCGAAGGAGUUGCCAAGCUUGGAGAUCUCCGUUUCCGUGUGCUUGACUCAGCUGGACUCGAGACAGCAGCGGCAUCUGGGAGCAUUCUCGCACGGACAGCUGACAUGACAGGGAAUGUGUUGGCCAGGUCUCAAUUUGCCAUUUUCUUGAUUGAUGUGAGGGAUGGUCUACAGCCACUGGAUCUUGAGGUUGGGCAAUGGCUGCGUAAGCAUGCAUCUGGGAUACAUACCAUAGUCGCAAUGAACAAGUCUGAGUCACUUGAUGAGCAUGGAGUUCUGACUGCGGCUGCUGGAGAAGCGCACAAGUUGGGUUUUGGUGAUCCAGUUGCAAUAUCCGCAGAGACAGGCCUGGGGAUGGCAGAACUUUAUGAGAUAGUCAGGCCAUUGUUUGAGGAGUACAUGUUUCAGUUUUUGAACAAUGGACUCAACCAAGACGACCCUGCUUCCGGGGCUGAAACUGAGGCCCAUGAAGGUGACGAAAGCAAGUUGCCUUUGCAGUUAGCAAUUGUGGGGCGUCCAAAUGUGGGGAAGUCUACCCUUCUGAAUACCUUGUUGCAAGAACAAAGAGUUCUUGUUGGUCCAGAGGCAGGUUUAACAAGGGACUCGAUUCGGGCUCAGUUUCAGUUUGACAACCGAACUGUAUAUUUGGUGGACACUGCAGGUUGGAUGGAAAGAUCGGGAAAGGAGAAAGGGCCAGCAUCUUUGAGUGUGGUGCAGUCAAGAAAGAACCUGAUGAGAGCUCACAUUGUUGCUCUUGUGCUGGAUGCAGAAAAGAUUGCAAAGUCCAAGAGUAGCAUGAAUCAUCCAGAAGUUGUGAUAGCACGACAAGCAAUAGAAGAGGGCCAUGGACUCGUAGUGAUUGUCAAUAAAAUGGAUCUCCUUAGAGAUAACCAACCGUUGUUUGACAAGGUGAUGGAUGCUGUUCCUAGAGAAAUUCAGACAGUCAUUCCUCAGGUUACAGGAAUACCUGUUGUUUUUGUGUCAGCUCUGGAAGGUAGGGGGCGGGUUGCUGUUAUGCACCAGGUUAUAGAUACUUAUGAGAAGUGGUGUUUAAGAUUAUCAACCUCACGUCUCAACAGUUGGUUGUGUAAGGUAAACAUCGUGGUCGCUAUAGCUUUAUUUAGUUUGUCUGCUUGUGUGUGUGCCCAGUAGGAGCUACCGUUUAUAAAUAGGA